AUGGAGAUUGACAAGCUGUGUCUCCCCCACCACAUCCUGGAGGAGAAGGGCCUGGUGAAGGUGAGCAUCACCGUCCAGGCGCUCGUGGACGAAGCCUCCGCCAAGCAGACGCUCUUGACAGCUGCGGGACGCUCACCUGUGGGACGUUCACCUGUUGGGACGUUCACCUGGUGGGACGUUCACCUGUUGGGACGUUCACCUGGUGGGACGUUCCCCUGUGGGACGCUCACCUGUGGGACGCUCACCUGGUGGGACGCUCACCUGGUGGGACGUUCACCUGUGGGACGCUCACCUGUGGGACGCUCACCUGGUGGGACGUUCACCUGGUGGGACGCUCACCUGUGGGACGCUCACCUGGUGGGACGUUCACCUGGUGGGACGCUCACCUGGUGGGAUGUUCACCUGUGGGACGCUCACCUGGUGGGACGCUCACCUGGCGGGACGUUCACCUGUUGGGACGUUCACCUGUUGGGACGUUCACCUGUGGGACGUUCACCUGGUGGGACGUUCACCUGUGGGACGCUCACCUGUGGGACGCUCACCUGGUGGGACGUUCACCUGGUGGGACGCUCACCUGGUGGGAUGUUCACCUGUGGGACGCUCACCUGGUGGGAUGCUCACCUGGCGGGACGUUCACCUGUUGGGACGUUCACCUGGCGGGACGUUUACCUGUUGGGACAUUCACCUGGUGGGACGUUCACCUGUGGGACGUUCACCUGGUGGGACCUGUGGGACGUGGUGAGGUGAAGGCGGUUCGUGCAGGUGCAGUUUGGUUCGGGACGGUCACGUGUUGAAGUUUGGUUUCAUCACGUCUGAGCUGCUCAUAUUGAUCCACCUCGGUCACAUUAAUCUGUUAGAUCAGAUUAAUGUGUGUGUUUCCCCGUCGUCCCGCCGCCGCUCGGCUCGAGGGACACACACACACCUGAUCAGGUUCAACAGAAAGAAUUCGUGCAGGAACUUUUUAGUCAAUCAACAGAAAAUGAAUUUGAGCUCCACAAACACCAAAAGUCUGUGGGUGUUUUGGCUGCUGGUCAGACUGAUGACUGACUUUUAUUAUCAUUUUAUGAGUAAUCAAUCAAAAAACAAUCAAUAACUGAUAGAUUAAAUCAACUAGUAAGAGACUGAUUAGUUGCAGCCUUACUGUACAUUACAGUCAAAUUAUUCUUUAUUUUUAACAGCGAUCAGGCUGACAGAAGCCAUCAGCUGUGUGGAAUAAAAUAAUAUUAAUUUCACAAAAUAAAAGUCACAGAGGCACUGACCUCGUCUGACUGGACUUUGUUUUUGAGAAUAUUAAAGGUUCUCAAAGGCGCUUCCUAAGAAUAAUAAUAAUAAUAAUAAUGAUAAUAAUAAUAAUAAUAAUAAUAAUAAUAAAUAACUCCACACAAGCACAAAGUGUGAUCUAAGUUCAUUAAUUUGAGGAUAACCAAACAGUUUUUUCCAGCAGCGUCAGAUGAGCUUCAUAUUAAAGUUUGACUGGAUCUCAUGACGUCACUGAGCAGAGAGAACGGCAAAACAAACACCUGAGAUUAAAAAAAAAAAAAAAAAGGCUCGUCCCAAUGUGAUUAUAUUAACGAUUAAAAAAACGUUUUGCACUAUAACGUCAAAUCGAAACAGAACUUCAGCUCGGACAAAAUGAUCCUGUCACUCGGAGCCUCAACAGACUCACCGCAGAUUAAAACAGUCCAGAUGAAUAAUCCCAAACUAGUGAGUAACGACUGAUUAAUAUUAAUUUUAGCGAUACCGAGCAAACCGAGCAGCUGAUCACUGCGGCCGCGACGCAGAGAGACGAGGACGGACGAGGACGGCUGUGUUUUCGUGGCAGGAUAAAAGUCAGUGUUGCUAUGGAGACGAGGGAACUUCCUGAUCACAUGACGGCGUUUCAAUAAUUCAUGCGGAGUGUUUCACUUUAAGGCCAAACACAAGCUCCUGAUUGGACCGUUAUCUGACCUCUGAUUGGACGUUAUCAGUGGUAGCCCCUCUCUCUCUGUCACACACACACACACACAACCCUAACCCUAACACACACACACACACACACACACACGUUUGUGGGCGGGGUUACGACUGAUAACGUCCAAUCAGAGGAGAGCUGAGGGUCCAGUCAGGUGAAGUACUGUACACGCGAGCUGCCUGCUGGGCGACACGAUCUGCACUUUACACUUUUAUAUUUAUACCUUUUUUUGUUUUGGCAACUGAGAAAAUCUUAAAGCCUCCAAAUGAGAGGAGAGCGUUUUCUGAACACGAGAGACGAAAUGUGACGCAGGUGUAAAUGUGUAAAUGUGCUGAGAAAAAAAAAAAAAAAAGAGAAGUGAGCGAUCUGCCUGCUGAGCGCGACGCGGCGUUUUUCUACGUUUCCGCUGUGUACAUAAAGCCAGAAGCAGCCUGUACUCACAGUUUUGUACUUUUUCUGAUUGGGAGGAGAUUUUUUUUUUUUUUUUUUAUGUGAUUUCUGUUGAGGUUUGUUGAAGAUUUCGAUGUAACAUACCCUUUUGUACUUCUUUGUGUACCUUUUGUGUAAUUUGUUGUACAGCCACUCAGAUUUAAUGCAUGAAAUGUCCCUUUAAUGUCGCCUUAACUGCUGUGAAUACUGUAUAUACUGUACUGUAUUUCUCAUCACUUUAUCAGUAAAGACCUCAUCUGGAA